GUAAAGGUUGCCCGUUGUUUUUCAGAUAGCCUGUGGUUCUGAAAUGCUGCUCCCAAAUGUACACUGAGUAGCUCAGUCUGAUUUGCCAGUGAAGUCCCUGAAGAUCAGGAGCUUUCAGUAGUUCAUCAGCUUCUGAGGCGUGGCAGCACCGGGUGUACAAUGCACUGAUGCACAUGAAUGAAGAUAUCUGUGCUGUGUUCACUUACGCUCUCUUUCUUUUCUCUUGUCUCUUGUCUCUUGUCUUUGUUUUGUUAAGCGUUGCAGGCUGUAUGUACCGAGUAGUUCAGACGACGGGACCAGAUGGAAAAAACCUUCUGAAAUUACUUCCAAUUCCUAUAGCUUCUGGAAGCUUUGUGCCAAUAGUUCAGUCUUCAACCAUGGCAAAUAAUUCUAAAGCGAGUGUUUCUAGUCCAGUCCAUCUUACUUUUAAGACACAGCUUGGCAAUACCACCACGCCUUCAUCUGUUAAGAUACCCGUUUUUCAGUCUCCUAACCCUGGAAAGAUUAUUCUUGCAAGGACAUUAGACAAACAGGAAAGUCUUAGGGCAGGUUCUGAAAAAGAAAGCCUAACUCCAAAUUCAGGUGCUAACAGCCAGAGCAGUUGUGUUUCAGUGGACAAACUGUCUUUACAGAACAUUGCUGUGACCAGUUCAUCCAACCAGAGCAACACAGCAUACAUGGUGCUCAACACAAAAACACUGCCAGUUGCUGUGAAGACUUCAAGCGUGCCUUCUGGCCACCACCUCCAGAUCCCAGCUGAUGCAGAAGUGAAAUCUGUCCCAGCUUCUUUUUUACCACCUGCAGUACAGCAAAAAAUCCUUACGACGACAGUGACAGAAGCGUCUGGAGAGGAUGACGGUGCAAAAACGCCAACUGUUAUUUAUGUGUCGCCAGUGAAAACAGUGAAAACAGCGAAAACAGCCCUUACGAGCUUACGAGCCAUUUGCCCAAAACCUGCCCCGGAAGUUUCACAAACGUUGAUAAUGACAGCUACACAAAAGGGAAGUAGCCCUGCUCCUGGGACAGUAACAUCUGAUGGUCAGCAGUGCCAGCAAUGUCCGAUGAAAUGGGUCGUGCAAGAAGGUCCACAGUCGUCGACGCCUUGCCUGAUCCCCGUGAAGUCAUCCAAUAACGUGGCUUCCAAGAUCCUGAAGACUUUGUCAGACAUGAAGAAUGCAGAAGCGAACUCUGUGAAUAUUUUAUCACUCUGUUCUAGCGGUCCUGGUGGAAGCCAAACUAAAAUCCUGCCUAUUAAAGAUAAUGCUCUGGUCAUGUACAAUGGGAAAGUCUAUUUGUUGACCAAAAGAAGCUCUGAUGUUCUAUCGGGCCAAGCUGACAACCAGCCAUCUUCCUCUUCUGAUGUUUCAGUGAGAACGGAGACAUCCACACUAAUUGAUUCUACUGCAGUCAGCAAAAUAACCAGUGAAGUAGUGAAUCUGGUGUUGUCCAAAACCAGCGGGAUGGUGCUGUCUCAGAAAGAUCCAAACCCGUCUCCAGACUCCCCUUCCCCAACUGGCUUAAGAAGCGAUGUAAGAUCUGCACCUGCAGCUCCGGUGACACCAAGUGCUAACCAGCAGGAUUCCACUGUAAACCACAGAAAGAGUUUGCUCUUCAACACGAGCAUUUCAAGUGGAGUGACCCCCGUUACGGCAGAUGGGGCACAGGAAAACGUGUGCCCCAAUGGCAAAGGAAAGACCCAUUCCCCCAAAGCAGCAAGGGCUGUUUUGCCUCAGGCUAAGCAAGAGGGUGCUUUCAGUGAGGACUGUCAAAAGAUGCAAUGUGGAAAGAUGGAUUCACCAAGAAAGCUUAUUCAGAUCAAACAGCAAGAAAAGCCACAUUGGAAACAAUACUUGGAAUUAAGGAAAAAAUUUGGACUCUCUAAGGAGGAGAGAGUUUACCUUAAGAGAAUACCAUUAAGGAGCUCCUGUGAGGAACUAGAAGAAAGGGUUUGCUCCAGUAACAGCUUGAAAAGGAAAAGUGAUUCUAUUGAUUCAUCAUUGGUAGAUGUGGAAACAACGAAUCAACCCCAGGAAUGUGUGAAUGAGGAAAAGAAAACUGUGGAUCCAGAAGAGGAUCUGGCUAAGAAAAGAAAGGUAAAAUCCUCAGCGGCGUCAAACACUGGAAAGAAAAGGAAAACUUCAGUCAAAUCAACCACAGGUCCAAGUUCAGAGAACACCAGCUCCAGUUCCAGUGUCCAUAGCAGAAGUCCUUCACCUCUGCCGGUCUUACUGCAGCAAAGUAUCUCCACAGACUUCACUGUGUCAUCUCUGGGCAGGGACUCUGAGCAAGACCUGGACUCUCAAUAUAGUGACAUUCCAUACCCAAGUAUCCCAGUUUUAGUGUCUUCUGAAGAUGCCCCUUCAAUUCUGGAAGGGUCUUUCAGAAAUGAUGCUUUCCCUUUGACUCCUCCAGACUUGGAUGAAACCAUCCGGGAUGAAAGAAUCGCACGACUCAAACAGCAGUUAAGGGCGCGGGAAGCGGCGCUGGAGGAGAUGCGCAGGAAGAUGCAGCAGAGCUGAACUGCAGCUCGUCAGCAGGCCCAUGCUCAGCUGCAUUGCAGUGACUUUAAGAAGGAAUUCCGUGUUUAAACAAGGAACGUUUCUGGUAGAUGGAAGAUGUGAACAAAAUAGGCACAGGAUAAAAUACACAGGAUGUGUACGUAAAAAAAGGACAGGGUUCUUAAUACCAGAAAUAAAAGACUUGGACCAUCAAAUUCUGCUUCUGGAGCAUCACAUGUAUCAAAGAAUGCAGAAGAUGGGCAUUUUUUGUUAGUGCAUUCUCUAUAUUUUGAAUGGAGGGGUUUCUCUAUUAGUCCUAGCGAAUAAACCUUCCCACUUUGGGAUCCCAUGGCCUAUCUCUUAGAAACUCAGUGUAAAUGGCAAACCCCAACUGUCGAUAAUUCUUUUGUUUUCCUAAUGUGCAUGACAACUUUUAUACAUACCUGAGACCUGUCAGUGGUCACGAAAGGUCAAUGGUCAGUGUUUAAUAAAUGCUAUUUAAAUGAGUCGGGAAUUACAGGCAGAUAAUACAGAUGCUGUUCAUACCAACCCUCUUCCAGAUGCGAAGGUGGCAGCAGGAGAACCCCCUGCUGACAAUUAGGAGGUAUGUGUUUCUUACUCUUCCUAUUGUAAGCCUUUAUAAGGCCUUUGCCAGUUGUGCAAUGUUGAGGUUUGGCUGUGGGGUGCAUUUUUGGAGGGGAGGAGGUAG